GGGAGUUCAGCAGUGUGUUUAAGACUAGGGUCAUGCCCACAUCAAUCUCAGAUUCCCAUUUUAUCUUUCUUUUUUGGUAUCAUUCCUAGUACCAAGACUUGUGUCUGUCAAUAUCCUGUCCAAAAAAGAAAAGCACACCAAGGAAAAUUAAUAUAGGAAAAAUUUAAAAAGUUAUUAGAGGACUGAAAAUAUAAAAAUGGAACACUAAAAGACACAGAGUUUUUAUUUUCAGCACUGCAUCUCUGAUGGUCCAGCUCCACCAGGACACAGAUCCCCAGAUCCCUAAAGGUCAGCCAUGCACCCUGAACAGCUCAGAGGGAGGAGCCAGACCAGCAGUGCCUCACACCUUGUUCUCUUCUGCUCUAGACAGAUGGCUCCAUAAUGACAGCUUCAUAAUGGCAGUGGGUGAGCCCCUGGUGCACAUCAGGGUCACUCUUCUGCUGCUCUGGUUUGGGAUGUUUUUGUCUAUUUCUGGCCACUCUCAGGCCAGGCCGUCCCAGUAUUUCACUUCUCCAGAAGUGGUGAUCCCUUUGAAGGUGAUCAGCAGGGGCAGAGGUGCAAAGGCUCCUGGAUGGCUCUCCUAUAGCCUGCGGUUUGGGGGACAGAGAUACAUUGUCCACAUGAGGGUAAAUAAGUUGUUGUUUGCCGCACACCUUCCUGUGUUCACCUACACAGAGCAGCAUGCCCUGCUCCAGGAUCAGCCCUUCGUCCAGGAUGACUGCUACUACCAUGGUUAUGUGGAGGGGGUCCCUGAGUCCUUGGUUGCCCUUAGUACCUGUUCUGGGGGCUUUCUUGGAAUGCUACAGAUAAAUGACCUUGUUUAUGAAAUCGAGCCAAUUAGUGUUUCUGCCACAUUUGAACACCUAGUACAUAAGAUAGACAGUGAUGAUACACAGUUUCCACCUAUGAGAUGUGGGUUAACAGAAGAGAAAAUAGCACACCAGUUGGAGUUGCAAUUGUCAUAUAAUUUCACUCUGAAGCAAAGUUCUUUUGUGGGCUGGUGGACCCAUCGGCGGUUUGUUGAGCUGGUAGUGGUCGUGGAUAAUAUUAGAUAUCUUUUCUCUCAAAGUAAUGCAACAACAGUGCAGCAUGAAGUAUUUAACGUUGUCAAUAUAGUGGAUUCCUUCUAUCAUCCUUUGGAGGUUGACGUAAUUUUGACUGGAAUUGAUAUAUGGACUGCAUCAAAUCCACUUCCUACCAGUGGAGACCUAGAUAAUGUUUUAGAGGACUUUUCUAUUUGGAAGAAUUAUAACCUUAAUAAUCGACUACAACAUGAUGUUGCACAUCUUUUCAUAAAAGACACACAAGGCAUGAAGCUUGGUGUUGCCUAUGUUAAAGGAAUAUGCCAGAAUCCUUUUAAUAGUGGAGUUGAUGUUUUUGAAGACAACAGGUUGGUCAUUUUUGCAGUUACUUUGGGCCACGAGCUUGGUCAUAAUUUGGGUAUGCAACAUGACACCCAGUGGUGUGUAUGUGAGCUACAGUGGUGCAUAAUGCAUGCCUAUAGAAAGGUGACAACUAAAUUUAGCAACUGCAGUUAUGCCCAAUAUUGGGACAGUACUAUCAGUAGUGGAUUAUGUAUUCAACCGCCUCCAUAUCCAGGGAAUAUAUUUAGACUGAAGUACUGUGGGAAUCUAGUGGUUGAAGAAGGGGAGGAAUGUGACUGUGGAACCAUACAGCAGUGUGCAAAAGAUCCCUGUUGUCUGUUAAACUGUACUCUACGUCCUGGGGCUGCUUGUGCUUUUGGAAUGUGUUGCAAAGACUGCAAAUUUCUGCCAUCGGGAACUUUAUGUAGACAACAAGUUGGUGAAUGUGACCUUCCAGAGUGGUGCAAUGGGACAUCCCAUCAAUGCCCAGAUGAUGUGUAUGUGCAGGAUGGGAUCUCCUGUAAUGUGAAUGCCUUCUGCUAUGAAAAGACAUGUAAUAACCAUGAUAUACAAUGUAAAGAGAUUUUUGGCCAAGAUGCAAGGAGUGCAUCUCAGAGUUGCUACCAAGAAAUCAACACCCAAGGAAACCGUUUUGGUCACUGUGGUAUUGUAGGCACAACAUACGUAAAAUGUUGGACCCCUGAUAUCAUGUGUGGGAGGGUUCAGUGUGAAAAUGUGGGAGUAAUUCCCAAUCUGAUAGAGCAUUCUACAGUGCAGCAGUUUCACCUCAAUGACACCACUUGCUGGGGCACUGAUUAUCAUUUAGGGAUGGCUAUACCUGAUAUUGGUGAGGUGAAAGAUGGCACAGUAUGUGGUCCAGAAAAGAUCUGCAUCCAUAAGAAGUGUACCAGUAUGGUUCAUCUGUCACAAGCCUGUCAGCCUAAGACCUGCAACAUGAGGGGAGUCUGCAACAACAAACAACACUGUCACUGCAACCGUGAAUGGGCACCCCCGUACUGCAAGGACAAAGGCUAUGGAGGUAGUGCUGAUAGUGGCCCACCUCCUAAGAACAACAUGGAAGGAUUAAAUGUGAUGGGAAAGUUGGGUUACCUGUCACUAUUGUGCCUUCUUCCUUUGGUUGCUUUUUUAUUAUUUUGCUUACAUUUGCUUUUUAAGAAACGCACAAAAAGUAAAGAAGAUGAAGACGGAUAAGAGAAAUGGGAAAAAGGAGACUAAACUUCAUACUUCAUUUUUAAUAUCCAAUUUUUCUUAAUAGAAAAAUAUGAAGGCAUGUCUCACUGUUUAAAUAAAACUUCAUGGACAUUUCGUGUCAGGAUCGCAAGCAUUAGCUAUUACAGCAAAGGAUUCCUAGCCUAUUCUUACUUACUCUACAGUGUCUUAAGCAAUAUUAAAGGUUCCUUUUCCCA